CAAGAGGAGAGCUACUAAUAUUCAAACGGCCACUGUGCAACAACUCAAAAAACAAUGUCUUCAACAGGAACAGGAUGGGCUCAGCUUCGGCAGCAAGCUAGAUCAUUAGAAAGUCAAACCGAAACGCUAUUCCAUACCUACUCCCAAUUCGCCUCGGUACCAAACAUACCCGCCAAACCCUCAGAAGAUGAAAGGAGUACGGAAUCUAAAUUACAAGAUCUAUUAGAGAAGGAAGAAACACUUAUAGCACAACUGUCCCGCUUACUCGACUCAGAAGCAACCCUCACAGCCUCGGCCCUCAAGCAAAACAACCUUUCACGGCACAAAGAAGUUCUCCAAGAGCAUCGACGGGAACUCAGCCGAUUAAAGUCACAGAUACAAGAUGCGCGGAACCGCGCAAACCUAUUGUCAAAUGUCAGGAGUGACAUUGAUGCCUACCAUUCGAACAACCCCGAAGCGGCAGAAGCGGACUACAUGCUUGGUGAGAGAUCAAGAAUAGACAACAGCCAUAACAUGGCGGAUAGUGUGCUUAGCCAAGCGUAUGCUGUGAAUGAGAGCUUUGGGCUUCAGAGAGAGACGCUCUUGAGCAUCAACCGACGGAUUACGGGCGCUGCAGCACAAGUUCCGGGACUGAAUAGUUUGAUUGGGAGGAUAUCUGCUAAGAAGAGGAGGGAUGGGAUUAUUAUGGGAAGCUUCAUUGCACUCUGCUUUCUGGCGUUCCUGUAUUUCUCAUAA